CGAUCACCAUCUCCAAUAACGAACGAAAACCGAAAAACCACCACCUCCACGCCCAGAGAGGAAGCUCGCGCCCGAAGAACCAGCCAUGGAGAUGCAAGAUCCGCCCCCGAACCCUAACCACAGCCCCCACAUUCCCUCCCCCCAGAACCCCCGCGCCCCCCACCUCGCCGCCGCCGCCCCGCCCCGCGGCGGUCACCACCGGCGGGCCCACUCCGAGGUCAAUUUCCGGAUCCCGGAGGACCUGGAUCUGGGGCCCGAUCCGUUCGACAACGGUCCUUCCGGCAGCUUCGAGGACUUCGGAUCGGAGGAUGAUCUGCUCAGCACCUACAUGGACAUCGAGAAGUUCGGAUCCAAGCUCGACGACGGGCAGGGGCCGCCGUCCGAUCCGAAGCCCGACGACGCGGGCGGCGGAGGCGACGCGGGGGAGAAGAGCGCGAGGCCGAGGCACCGGUACAGCAACUCGAUGGACAGUUCUUCGAUUCUGGAGAGUAUAGAGGCGAAGAAGGCCAUGGCUCCUGAUAAGCUGGCGGAGCUGUGGACGAUUGAUCCCAAGAGAGCUAAGAGGAUUCUUGCGAACCGGCAGUCUGCUGCGCGAUCAAAAGAGAGAAAAGCCCGAUAUAUUUCAGAACUUGAGAGAAAAGUGCAGACCCUUCAAACAGAAGCAACUACACUCUCUGCUCAGCUCACACUUUUCCAGAGAGAUACAACAGGUCUGACGGCUGAAAAUACGGAGCUUAAGCUGCGGUUACAGGCUAUGGAACAACAAGCUCAGCUACGUGAUGCUCUGAAUGAAGCACUUAAGAAGGAAGUAGAGAGGCUCAAAGUUGCUACCGGAGAAGCAAUCACCCCAUCAGAUGCCUACAAUCUGGGGCUGCACCAUAUUCCAUACGCCAAACCUUCCUACUUCCCACACCAGCCACAAUCUGGCCACAUGGAUCCCCAGAACUUGCAGAUGUCGCAGUUCCAUAUGUUUCAGCCGAAUAUGGCUCAUCAACCUCUUGUUGCUGCAGCCCAUUCUAAUGCCUUUUCUGAAAUGAUGCAGCAAGAUUCUCUCGGUCGAUUCCAAGGAUUGGAUAUAAAUAACAAAGGCUCUCAAAUAGUAAAAUCCGAAGCCCCCUCCAUUUCAGCCAGUGCAAGCAGCAGCACAUUUUAAUGCAAUCUCUGCCAACCCACUAAUGACUACCCCACUUUUGUUGGAUUGUUAAUAGACUAACUUGUUGACUGCCCGAAGGUAUUGUUUGUUGUUAUCCAAUUCUUUCGAUUUGAUUGGAGUUUUUGGUUUCAUGUA